AUGGCGGUUGCUAUCUUACGUUUGCCCCUUUUCUGCAUCUCCUUCGGUUCACCGGUGGACACACGGUACGGUUUGGUGCACGGGGAUGAAAAACAUUGGCUGUGUUACGACGCGAAGGAGCAUGGACGCUACUUGGCCCAGGUGUACGAUGCGAUGAAUGAGCAUCCGGAUGCGCCGACGCUGGGGGAACUGCAAGAAGCCGAUGCGCACAAAAACGCCGUGGUGGAGUUCCACGCGGCCACUUGCGCAGUUCCCGAAUCCGUUGGCAAAUUCAAGGUCGGCAUCACUAGACAUGGUCGCAUGGACAACACCAUUCAGAUCAGAGUUGAGACGAUUGAUGGUUCAGCGACGUCAGAAGCAGACUUCAUGCCCAUCAACCAGAUCCUGACGUUUCAGCCAAAUGAACUUGAGAAGGAGGUGGAGGUGGAAAUAAUCAAUGACGAUCAAUGGGAGCCGGAUGAAGAAUUUUUCUUGAAAUUGUCCUUGCUGCCGUUGGACGAGUACCCACAUUCGCAUGAUGGUCUCGUCUUGGGAAAGCUGUCCAUCAUGGAAAUCACCAUCUUGAAUGACGAUGAUCCUGGUGUCAUUUCGUUCGAGAAAGGAUGCUAUUUGGUGAAAGAAAGUUGCGGCGCGUGUGUCAUCCCAGUGAUGCGGCGGAAUGGCGCUGACGGAGAAAUUUCCGUCAAAUACAAGACCAUUGACAGAUCCGCAGUAGCUGGGAAGGAUUAUGUUCCUCAAGAAGGAACGUUAGUCUUCAGGAACAACGAGACGGAGUUGGAGAUUGAAAUUCCGAUCAUGAAUGAUUUCGAUUACGAGAAAAACGAGCAUUUUGAAUUGGAGUUGUUCGAUCCAACAGGAGGUGCCAGCGUUGGGAGGUUGAAUCGCACGACUAUCACAAUCGUCAACGACGACGAUGUUCUCCCGAAAUCAUUGAACGUUGUGUUGAAGACAUGCUCUUCUCGGGCAGAUUUUCAAUCGAUGAUGAAUAAGAUGAUGGCGAUGACAAAUGCCAACUUGGACAAACUCAAAGUAACCCACGAAACGUGGGCCGCGCAAGUCAAGGAGGCGUUGAACGUGAACGGUGGUGAUCUGGAGAACGCGACCUGGAUUGACUACGUCAUGCACAUCCUCACCUUUGCUUGGAAGCUAAUUUUCUGCGUCAUCCCACCGGUGGACAUUUGGGGCGGUUGGUUAUCUUUCUUCGUAUCGCUGCUGUUCAUCGCUAUUCUCACCGCAAUUGUUGGUGACUGCGCGGCCAUCUUUGGUUGCCUCGUCGGGCUCAGUGACGAAGUCACAGCCAUUACUUUUGUGGCAAUGGGUACUUCGUUGCCGGAUACGUUCGCAUCCAAAGCAGCUGCAGCGGGUGAGAAAUACGCCGAUCUGGCAAUCGGCAAUGUGACGGGAUCCAAUUCCGUGAACGUGUUUCUGGGUCUUGGACUCCCUUGGCUCAUGGCCGCCAUUUAUCACACAAUGAAUAAUACAAAAUUCCGGGUACCUUCGGGUUCCCUGGGCUUUGGAGUGUCGGUAUUCACAGUCUGCGCCUUGAUCACAAUCGCAAUCAUCUACGCACGAAGGUACUUGUCUGUGUUUGGCAACGCAGAGUUGGGUGGCCCUCAGGGUCCCAAGUACGCGUCGGCCGGUGUGAUCUUCUCCUUGUGGAUCGUCUACAUCGUGUUGGCAUCCCUGCAAAACUACGGCUACAUUGGCAACAUCAUCUAAACAAAAACAAAGAACGAAGAGACAACAACAACAACAACAACAAAA